UCCUCAAUGAGCUCAUAACUGCGCACCUUUCAUCCCUCAUCAUCAACAUAGAGGCUAAAACGUGGUUUUAUUCUCCGAGCAGCUGCUAAAUUGUACGGAAUCGACUCUUAUGUGAGAGAAAGGCAAAGUCACAGCCUUUCCUCAGCAAGGGGCAGGAUUACAAGAAAGUCUCUGAGCCACAGUUUAUCACACACCGUCCACUCCCCGGGCGCAAUCCAGUCUCUGCUGCGCGCGGCGCUGUUCGCAAAAUGGAAAAUAAAAUAAACGGAGGGAUGAGCACCAUCGGUACAUCGAUCGCUGAGUCCACCGACACAAGAGUGGGCGACCUGAUUGAAGCUGGGUACAGUAAUACUAAAUUAAAUAACGAGUCACAGUCUCUUACGUGCAUGUCCUCCUCCGUGCGUAAUUUUGGAAACGCCAGCUCUCUGAUCCACGGGCUGAAUUCAAGCGGCGACGGCGCAGUUUUCAGAGACUGUAACAUACUCGAUGGUUCACUUGUUGCAAAACAUUUUUAUGACCGUAGCAGUGAAUAUCUGAAGUGUGACUCUGUGCCGUGGGAAGAUUUCGUUAGUGUUCAGGGGACGAACGUGACUUCACCCGAAAGUUUGCCCGGCGCAAAUCUAAGCCUCUCCUUGACUACCGGAGCGUGUAAAUUCAUCAAAGAUGAAAAGGAGCCUUCUGUGAUUAUGGACGCCCCUUGUUCUAACUUUGAUCCAUCAUCGGAGAUACCUGCUCUUGACACCUGUUGUGACACCGACAGGAAGCAGCUGCUGGGGCUUAGCGACGGGGAGUCAGCCGGCUUCACGGCGGGUCCUCGAUCGGGGCUGGAGGGGUCUCCAAACUUUCUGACCGACCUGAACCAGUCGGAGCAGCAGCCGGCGCUGAGCCAGGUGAGGACUGACCCGAGGUGUGGUUUGUCCGGGAAAGCUGUCAUCAACUUUGACGCCAACAGGAACGCAACCCAGCAACUGACCAUGUACAAGAACGAGGUUACCCGCUGGCAGAUGCCGACGUCUCCGGCUGAGCCUCAGUACUGGUGCCAGUCCGCAGGGGUGACCGAAGACUCGUUCAUACCCAGCGGCUAUGAUGGGAUCCAGAACCAGGCCCUGUCUCAGAGGAACCCAUCACCUUUCUCCACAUUCCCCGGUAUGCCACCUCAGAGAAUGUGCGUGAUCUGCGGGGAUGAGGCAUCUGGUUGCCACUAUGGAGUCCUAACCUGUGGGAGCUGUAAAGUCUUUUUUAAAAGAGCAGUUGAAGGCCAUCACAGUUAUCUCUGCGCUGGGCGAAAUGACUGCAUUGUGGACAAAAUCCGGAGGAAAAAUUGCCCCGCAUGUCGCCUCCGAAAGUGCUAUCAAGCCGGAAUGAUGCUUGGAGGCAGGAAGCUGAAGCGUUUUGGGGCCUUGAAAGCCUUGGGUUUGGCCCCAUCCUUGAUGUUCCAGUCCCACUUGGCAAUGUCCAGCGACAAUCAGACCUUGGCCUCCAUGUCUUGCAUACCAGGCAUCCGUGACGUGCAGCUCUCCCAGCAGAUCAUCAAUAUCCUGGAAAACAUCGAACCAGAGGUUGUGUACUCUGGUUAUGACAACACCCAGCCCGAUGUUCCCCAUCUCCUGCUCAACAGCCUCAACAGGCUGUGUGAGAAACAGCUGCUGUGGAUCGUCAAGUGGUCCAAGUCCCUUCCAGGGUUUCGUAAUCUUCACAUCACUGAUCAGAUGACCCUCAUCCAGUACUCGUGGAUGAACCUCAUGGUGUUCUCUCUCGGGUGGCGCUCUUUUCAGAAUGUCACCAGCGAGUAUCUGUACUUCGCACCUGAUCUGGUUCUUAGUCAAGAGCAAAUGAGGAGAUCUCCAAUUUAUGACCUCUGCCUGGCAAUACAGUUCAUCCCUCAGGAGUUUGCAAAUCUUCAAGUUACCCGUGAGGAGUUUCUCUGCAUGAAAGCCAUAAUAUUACUGAACACAGUGCCUCUUGAGGGACUCAAAAGUCAGGGUGCAUUUGAAGAGAUGCGACAAAACUACAUCCGGGAGCUGACCAAGGCUGUCCACAUGAGGGAGAAGGGCUUGGUGGCGAGCUCACAGCGAUUCUACCACCUCACCAAACUGAUGGACGCCAUGCAUGAGAUAGUGAAGAAGGUCAACCUGUUCUGCCUGAGCACCUUCAUCCAGGCAGACGCCAUGAAAGUGGAGUUCCCAGAGAUGAUGUCAGAGGUCAUUGCCUCCCAGCUUCCCAAGGUCCUGGCAGGCAUGGUGAGGCCCCUCUUAUUCCACACCAAGUGACGAUGCCAGCACAGACAUCGCAACUCUGCAGAGGCAUCCCGUGAAUUACUGUCCCUUCAGUUACUGGAUUUUUCAUAGCCUUCGCUUUUGUAGUCAGUCCUGUAUAGUUUGCCAAAUUGCAUCUAAUGGUCUUCAGCACUUUUACUGUGUGAGGUGAAACAGAAUGAACAUGUUCCCUAAAAAUAUGUUUUCAGUACAGAACUAUCUUGGAUAUUAUGAAUUCAGAGGCAUCAAUCAAUAAAACUCCUCAGAACCACUAGAGAUACUGAUAUUUUUCUAUUUAAGUAGCAAAAAAGAAAAAUACCCACAAAACAAUCAAAUAUUCAGUGUUUCUCACCAACAUUAUAUUCUUAAUAAAGGAGAAAUGCAGGAGACACCGACACCUGCCACUUAAAGUAAUGGAAUUCUUGUAGGCUUAGCAGCAGAGUGACUCACUGCACCUACUUCAGGGAGGAGAAGCUGGGAACAUAACCAUCUUUAAAAUAUUUGAAAAACAAAAACAACAACAAAAAAAAACUUACAGUGAGCUUAAGUGCAUUAGAAAUAACUCAAUUAGUGCACAUCUCAGCCAAGGCUGCGCAUUGUCUUAAAUGUAUAUUCAAAUUUUUUUUACAUCUGAUUGUCUCUCUGCAGCACAAUGCACACAAUGACACGUUUAAUGGGAUGCAUGUGACAGCUCUUCAGGUUUUUCACAAUGUUCAGAAAUACUUUCCCACAGAAAUGCCAAACAAUCCAUCCCUCUCUCCUUGGCACAUGGCCAAAUCUAACUGAACUGAAACCAGUUACUAUGUUCUUAAGCUGUACAGUUAACAAAGAAAUGUGACCAAAAAUGUAACUUCCCUGGCAGAGGUAAUGAAAAUGUGAAAUGAAAACAAUUGUUCACGGAGCUGUGGAUAGGAAGGAACCUUCAUCAUACUAGAAAAACUGUUUUCUGUAGUGACACUCACAGCCAUGUCAAAAUGUAGGGACACGAAGAGACGACUGUGUUUUAUCCUCUAACAGUUCAUUGACUUACAUUUCACUGUCACUAUUCACCUGUUUUACAUGUUGAAUUUCUCGCUGCAGUGAGUACAAAUUAAACUCGCUAACCAUGACAAAGAAUUUGGGUCACAGGUGUAAUAAAUCACGCUGUUUAUU